AUGGAUGCCUCUGAUGGCUCUGUUUCUUCUUCAACUGGAUUUAUGGAUAAGAGAAGGAGAAGCUCUCUGAUUCGUCGACCUCGUGAUAUAAAAGGGAGCUUGCAAAGUUUCACUUUAAUGCCACCUUCAACACAGCCACACAUUGCUCCGAGCAAUGAAGGCGAGAACACACUGAAACUGAACCUUAAGCUUGGUGGUGCUGUUACACGUACAAUCCAAACCAACUCAGAAGCGGGUAUUUAUACCAAAGUCACGAAUAAGGUGAAAGGAAGUGUACCAGCGCAGAGAUGUGUUCAGAAAACUAUGUAUCUAGGAGAAAUACAUCAAUCCAUGACCGAAAAGAACAAACGAGGUCUUAAAAAACGUUUGUUGGAGGUAUAA